AUGGCUCCCGCCGAUAUCAAUGUCGACGUCCUUGUCAUCGGCGCUGGUCCAACAGGUCUCGGUGCUGCGAAGCGUCUAAACCAAGUUGACAGCGCAUCAUGGAUGAUUAUUGACUCCAACGAGACUCCCGGUGGUCUGGCAUCUACAGAUGUCACUCCCGAAGGUUUCCUCUACGAUGUUGGCGGGCAUGUUAUCUUCUCCCACUACAAAUACUUCGACGACUGCAUUGACGAGGCUCUCCCUAAGGCCGAGGACUGGUACACACAUCAACGUAUCUCAUACGUGCGCCUAAAGUCACUCUGGGUCCCAUACCCACUCCAAAAUAAUGUCUCCAUGUUGCCACAAGAGGAGAAGCUUAAGUGUGUUGAUGGAAUGAUCGAUGCUGCUCUGAUUGCUCGUACCGCCACCGAGAAGCCCAAGGAUUUUGAUGAGUGGAUUGUCAGAAUGAUGGGUACUGGGCUCGCAGACAUCUUCAUGAGACCAUACAACUAUAAAGUCUGGGCUGUCCCCACUACCAAGAUGCAAUGCCAAUGGCUUGGAGAGCGUGUUGCAGCACCAGAUGUCAAGACCUGUGUCAAGAACGUCAUCUUGAACAAGUCUGCAGGCAACUGGGGUCCUAAUGCCACCUUCCGUUUCCCUGCUCGUGAUGGAACUGGUGGUAUCUGGAUUGCCGUUGCAAACACUCUGCCCAAGGAGAAAACCCUCUUCGGCAAGCAGGGCGAGGUCUCCAAGGUUAACGCUGAUGCCCACACUGUUACCUUGAAGAGCGGAAAGACCAUUGGAUACAAGAAACUGAUUACUACAAUGGCUGUUGAUCAACUUGUUGAGCAAAUGGAAGACAAGGAGCUGGUAUCUUUGAGCAAGGGUCUAUUCUAUUCAUCCACUCACGUUAUUGGUGUUGGAAUCAGAGGUGCCCGUCCUGAGAGAAUUGGAGAUAAGUGCUGGCUCUAUUUCCCAGAGGAUGACUGCCCAUUCUACCGAGCCACCAUCUUCUCUAACUACUCCCCAUACAACCAGCCAGAAGAGUCUGUGAAGCUUGCAACCCAAUCUAUCGCAGACGGCAGCAAGCCCAAGUCCACCGAGCCCCAAGAGGGCCCUUACUGGUCCAUCAUGUUGGAAAUCUCAGAAUCCUCCAUGAAACCAGUUGACCAGGCCAACCUUAUGAGGGACUCUAUCCAGGGUCUCAUCAACACCGAGAUGAUCCGACCAGAUGAUGAGAUCGUCUCUACCUACCACCGUCGUUUCGACCACGGUUACCCCACUCCAUCGCUAGAGCGUGAGGGUGUUCUCAAGGAGCUUCUCCCCAAGCUCCAAGCCAAGGACAUCUACUCCCGAGGUCGUUUCGGAAGUUGGAGAUACGAGGUUGGCAACCAGGACCAUUCGUUCAUGUUGGGUGUGGAGGCUGCUGACCACAUCGUGAACGGUGCCGUUGAAUUGACUCUCAACUACCCGGAUUUCGUCAACGGCCGCCAGAACACGGAGAGACGACUUGUCGAGGGUGGCCAGGUCUUCAGCAACAAGGCUACUAAUAAGGCUGAUGCUGCUGGUGAUGCCAAGGUGGUCGAUAUCGAAGCCAAUAAGGCCGGUAUCCCUGUUCGGGACAGAGCUUCCUCAAAGACUUCCUCGAGCGCUCACGCUAGAAAGUCAUCUAAGAGUGUCAAGUAG